GAAAUUAAGCCAAAAACCUUGGUUUGUUCAUUCCUUAGCUAGUCUUAUCUUCUACUCACUCUUACUCUGACCAAACCCACGACAAUGUCGACCCAAGAUUCGCCGGAGAACCCAGAAAACGAGUCAAAACCGAGUCAGGAGUACCAAGACAAAGAGGCUGAAGAAGAUGGAGAUUUGUUGGGAUCCUCCUCCGAUGAUGAGUCUGACACCGACGAUUCUUCCUCCGAGUCCGGAGAAGCACCAGCUGGAGGAGGAGAAGAAGAAGAAGAAGAAACGACUGAAAAACAAGAAGACCUCAUUGAGUAUGUUCGACGCGGUGAAGAUAUUACCAACUUGGAUAACUCGCCGGAGACGAAUGUGAAGCUGUUCAAAGAUGUGUUGGACAGUAGGAGAUUGAGGAGAAAGAGAGCUGAGGAGGACCGACAGUAUGAGUACUACGAAGACCUCUUUGAUUUUCCAGAGGACCCGGAGAAUUGGAAGGAGGAGGAUGUGAUGGAGUAUUGGGCUGAUGCUCCAUUGGAGAUGACCAAGCCUGGUUGGGACCCCGAUUGGGCUGACGAGGAGGAUUGGGAGAUUGUUAGACAGGAGAUUGCUGCUGGGAGAGACCCUCCAAUUGCCCCGUUUUACGUUCCCUAUAGAAAGCCUUAUCCGGUCAUACCCGAUAACCAUUACGAUAUUAAGAACCCAAAAGCUGUGAUUGAAGAGUUGGAUAGGAUUGAGGAGUUUCUCACUUGGGUCAGCUACAUUUUCCCGGAUGGAAGCUCGUAUGAGGGCACUGUUUGGGAUGAUUUGGCUCAUGGCAAAGGUGUUUAUCUUGCUGAACAGGGAUUGGUCAGGUAUGAAGGUGAAUGGCUUCAAAAUAACAUGGAGGGUCAUGGUGUUGUGGAAGUUGAUAUCCCUGACAUAGAACCUAUGCCAGGUUCCAAGCUUGAAGCACAAAUGCGUGCUGAAGGGAAAAUAAUAUCACGAGAUUAUAUGUCCCCAGAAGAUAGAGAAUGGUUGGAGAUGGAUAUAGAAGACAGUGUUGCUUUGGCCGGAGAUAGCUACGAGAUACCUUUCUAUGAGAGGGACGAGUGGAUCAAUGUAUUUGGGAGGAAGCCGGAGAAAGGUCGUUAUCGAUAUGCUGGUCAGUGGAAGCACGGCAGGAUGCAUGGAUGUGGUGUAUAUGAAAUCAAUGAGCGCACUGUCUUUGGUAGGUUCUACUUUGGGCAACUACUGGAGGAUGAUUAUGGCUGUGAUGCAGAUAUAUCAGCGAUGCAUUCAGGUAUAGCAGAAGUAGCUGCUGCUAAGGCUCGGAUGUUUGUAAACAAGCCCGAUGGAAUGGUUAGGGAAGAGAGAGGCCCAUACAGUGAUCCUCAACAUCCUUAUUUUUAUGAGGAAGAAGAUGUGUGGAUGGCACCGGGCUUUAUAAACCAAUUCUAUGAAGUCCCUGAUUAUUGGAAAACAUAUGUGCAUGAGGUGGAUAAGGAAAGAGAAAUGUGGUUAAACUCCUUUUAUAAAGCUCCAUUGAGAUUGCCUAUGCCUGCUGAGCUUGAGUACUGGUGGGCACAAGAUGAUACUCCCGAAUUUGUUCUGGUUAAGCCCAACCCUAAGGAACAAGAGUCUAAUCCUGAAGAUCCAUCCCAGCUUGGGCAAACUGAAGAUCCCCUAAUCUUACACACACCAACUGGACGUUUAAUCAAUUAUGUCGAGGACAAAGAACAUGGGAUCCGUUUAUUUUGGCAGCCAGAAGAUGGGGAAGUGGACCCUAAUAAGGUUGAGUUUCUACCCGAUGGUUUUGAUGAGUUUUAUGGAAGAGAGACUGGUGUGAAGAAGGAGGGCCCUAUGGCUCGUUUUAUAUCUGGAAUUGGAAACACAUUCAGGCCAAUUUUUGAUAAAGUAGAGAAAUGGGCUGAAGAGCAGAAACAAGCUAGUGAGUUGGAAGUGGAGGUGAUUAAAAAAGAAAUGGAUCUGAUAGAUGCUGAAUUGUGUCUAGAAGAGGCUAUAGAGGACAUGGAGGAAGAACUGAAGCAGAGGGAAAAAGAAGAGGAAAAUGUGGAAAUGGCUUCAGAGGAGACAGAAGAUACUACACCAUCGGCUAAACAAGAUGAGAAGGUUUUAGUCGAGGAAGAGGAAGAGGAAGAAGAAGAGGAAGAUGGUGACGAUGAUGAGGGCGAUGAUGCUCCAUCAAGUUUUGGUUCUGCUAAUCAAGACCCAAGUAAGAAUGACCCAAAGGGAAGCAAACCCAGGCCAUCUCCCUUUUCGGCAUCUUCAUUAUCAUUUGCUACUAGUAGCAUUGUCUCAGGCGUCCCAUCAUUGUUGCAACAAUCAUUUUUCUCAUGGAAGAAGAAUAGAUCAACGACUAAGGCAACUCUUCCAUUGUGCACAGAGAGCCCCGUUGCCUUGUCACAGCGAGUGGAUUCGGUUACGUUUCAUCAAGUGCUUGGCACCAAAGAAAAGUUUAUCCCAAAAAGUCAAUCAAUCGAAUUUCGAGUGAAGAACACCUCAAAUGGAAGAAUACGUCGGUUACAUUCCUUGAAGUCACAUCCUUCGGCUAAUAUGAAGCCAAAGAGAAACACAGAACAUAAAAGGGGGAGAAAUAGUACAUGGCUGCACAUGGGACCAGACAGUGAAUUAGACAAUAUAUUGUCCUUGCACACACCUGUUCCAUAUUUGGAGCAGCUCAAAGAAACUGAAUAUGGUAAGCAUUUAUUUCUCUCUCUCUUUGAUAAUGUAUAAGAACUUGUUAAUUUUUGAAGCUGUUCGAUUUUGUAAUGCUGCUUAGUCAAAAAAUUUAAAUGUAGUUCUGAUUUCCUGGUUUGUGGGUUCAAUUCAAAAUCCAUAAAAUGGAAAUAAUUUGAGUCUUUAAUCAUAUCAUUCUUCUUUUGUUGUGUUCAAAGGGGAAGUUCUUUGUUGUUGCUUGAACUGUAUUUAUGAUGUUCGAUAUUAAAAAAUACAUAAAAUAAAUGCAACUUCCUUGUC